GGUUAUUGUCGACGGUCGCUAUCUUGUUUGCACGCGUGCAUGAGCAAACAAGAUGGCGACCGGAAGCACCGACCGAAUUGGAGAUCGCCGCCAUCUUCGAUACCUAGGGUAACAUUAACUCAAAAGGACUACAUAAUGGAAAAGACAUUUACUUAUAAAAGAAAAUUUAACGUCUCAGAUCGAUCCUCAAUGGUUUCAAUUAAUAGAGGACAUUCCACCACAUACAAUAUAAUUAGAAGUUCAGUCUGUGUUGAACUAUACUGUAAUAUCUCAUGUGGUUGUUAUACUGAUGUGAACAUUAGUGAGUGUUAUGUUUGAAUUUAUAUAAAUAGAUGGCAGAAUAUAAAUUGGCCUUAUUGUAUGAAAAGAUGUACUUAUUGUAAUUUUAAUAAAUAUAUACAUAAUAAUGUGAAUCAUUCAAGAAUGUUAUCAUGUUUAAGGAAAGAAAUUAAAUAUUUAUUGCAGUUAAGUGGUAUUAAAAAUAUCAAAAGUAUUUAUUUUGGAGGAGGUACUCCUAGUCUAGCUAAACCGUCAACAAUAAAUUCAUGUAUAGAAUGCAUCAGUGACAAUUCAAAAUUACACGAUAAUGCAGAAAUAACAUUAGAAUGUAAUCCAACUAAUGCAGAGUCAAAUUUACUCAGGGAUUUUAAACUUGCAGGAGUAAAUCGAUUGUCAAUAGGUAUUCAGGCAUUGGACAAUCAUGAUUUAAAAGUAAUGGGUCGAAACCAUAAUUCGCUAGAAGCUUUAAAAUGUCUCGAUAUUUCCAAAAACAUUUUCCCAGGAUCUACUUCUUUAGAUAUGAUAUUUGGACGUCCGGGACAAAGUAGACAGUCUUGGAUUGAAGAACUCUCUCAGAUUUUAAAACUUUGUGAUGAUCACCUUUCUAUAUAUCAGUUGACUGUAGAAAGAGGCACAAGCUUAUUUAAGCAGGUGAAAAAUAAAGAAAUAAUUAUGCCCAAUGAUGAUGAAAUGGCUGAUAUGUAUGAAGACACUGUAAAAAUUUUAACAGAAGCAAACUUCAGUCAUUAUGAAGUAUCCAAUUAUGCAAGAAAUGGUGCUGAAAGUGUACAUAACUCCUCUUACUGGAAUGGAACCGAAUACAUUGGAAUUGGUCCAGGUGCACAUGGCCGUUUUAUAUGCAGAGGAGUUGGAAAUAAAAUAAGAGAAGCAAGAAUUCAAACUUUAGAACCUGACAUUUGGAUGUAUGAAGUAGAAAAAUACGGUCAUGGGACCAGAAAAGUUGUAUUUCAGUCGUCUAAAGAAAUCUUAGAAGAGCUGCUUAUGAUGGGUUUACGAACAAAAAUGGGUAUAGAUAACAAAUUAUGGUGCAAGUAUUCAAGUGGCAUCAGUUUAGCAGAUACAUUCAAGACAUCAGAAAUUCUGAGAGCGUAUGUCUAUGGAGGUUUUUUGAACUUUGACAAAAUGAGACUAGCACCUACAGAAGAUGGAAUGAGAAUUGCAGAUACAAUCACAAAGGAUCUUUUACCAUACAUUAAAGCAUGAAACUGUCAAUUAUGCAUUUUUUUCUCAAUUAAAAGCUAUAAAACUCAAAGCAUAUUUUGUUUAUUUUAUUUAAACCUCUACAAUCACAGUUACACUG